GAUAUGAUGAUGUUUCAGAAACAAACUUGAGACCUUAUAGUGUUCAUUCUGCUAAACAUGUGCAAGAGAAUCGUCCUGUGCCCAUUCGCAGAAAAAGAAGCAUUGAGGAAGCCAUCCCGGCUGUCUGCAAAACACGGACGGUUAUAUACGAGAUACCUCGGAGUCAGAUUGAUCCCACCUCUGCCAACUUCCUGAUAUGGCCGCCCUGCGUGGAGGUGAAGCGUUGCACUGGCUGUUGCAACACCAGCAGUGUGAAAUGCCAGCCAUCGCGGAUACACCACAGAAGCGUCAAGGUGAGCAAAUGGUGGCUGUGGAGCCCUGAGAGGGUCCCCUUAAGUCUGAAAACUCAACACCUGGGUGGGACCUUUAGGCAGGACCAGCUGACAGGUAUCAAGGGUCAAUUUAAGAAUGGGAGAAUCAAGGGAAACCCCGAUACAGGUGAAGACAAGAUGGAAAACCAGAGCGAGCUGCCCUCCGAGUGUGAGAGGAACCCCGCUGUUGCAAGUUGCCUGACAGAGGGCAAGGCUUGGCUGCUCCUGCUUGCAGACAAGAGGACGUAG